CUCCACCACGAUGAUGUGUCUCUCCCAACGGCUGACGCCGUGGCCAGCAUCCUGCCUGGAAAGAAGCUGCUCCCGCAUGGGACGGGAGCACUGCUGGAGGAGCGGAGGGCCCAGGAUAUCAUCGGGGACCACCAGGAGUCGGAGGUGAGUAGCUACCGCCUGGCACUGAAGCGGAUGGCAGGGGACCUCCUGUCCCUGCGCCAGCAUGUCACCAGCCUAGAGGUGGAAAAUGGGCACCUGCGGCGCAGCCUGGCCUCGCAGGAGGAGCUGGGCCAUGCUCUGCUCGAUGACAUGGACCUGGACGUCAUGACCCGGGAGGAGCUGCUGGACCGGCUCGCCACCCUCAAGCACAAACUGGUGGCCAGCACGGCGGAGAUGAGGAGGCUGAAGGACCGUGUUCAGCAGCUGCAGAAUGAGCUGAUCCGGAAAAACGACCAGGAGAAGGACCUGCUGCUGCUCCAGCGAGCCCACCGGCAGCAGCAAACUGCACUGAGGCGGUGCCAGGAGAAGGUGGCCAAGAUGAAGGUCUUGGAGGAGAUGGUGCAGCAGCAGGAGAAGGUAAUCAAGGCGAUGGAGCAGGUGCUGCAGGAGAAGCUCACCAGGACGGGCAGGAGCACUGAGAAGGCAGCGGGUGAAGCCCUCUCCAGGGAGGUGUACACCACGCUGCUGGCCGAGAACCGCAGGUUGCAGGAGGAGCUGGCGAAGCUCUCCCACCCCUUGCCCCCCAUCGCCCCACGGCCCCCAGACUUGCCGGGUGUUUUUGGGGGUGCAGAGAAGCUGUCUCUGCUGGCCAGGCUGGAGGAGGCACAAGCCCGCGGGCGGGCGCUGGAGAAGCAGCUGGAAGAGGCAGCGAGGAGGUGGGGACGGGAGAAGCAGGAGCUUGGCACUCGUCUGCUGGAGCGGGAGCACGGCUUUUCCCAUGCGCCCACCUCGAACCUGCCGGCGAUUUCCAUGGACCUCCUGAGAAGGCCCCAGCCCCUGGCCCCCCUGCCCUAG